ACAACGGCAGCGUUUCUGAGCAUGGAUAUGACUGACCCAGCCUGGGAGACCGAGCUCACAACAACCUAUGGAAGUGAUCAGGUCUUUUAUCAACAUAAUACAGGGGAAAUGAUCCUGAAAGUACUGAUAGCCACCGUGGUCCUGGUGGGGCUGGCGGGGAACGCCGUGGUGAUCUGGCUCCUGGGCUUCCGCAUGCACAGGAAUGCCUUCUCCGUCUACAUCCUCAACCUGGCGGGGGCUGACUUCCUCUUCCUCUGCUUCCAUAUUAUAUCUUUUUUAGAUUCAAUUUUCAACUUAGAUUUUGUCAUUGGAGCAAUGAGCAGAUUUCUCCCACUUGUGGAAGAGUUUGCCUACAUCUCAGGCCUGAGUUUUCUCAGCGCCAUCAGCAUGGAGCGCUGCAUGUCUGUCCUGUGGCCCAUCUGGUACCGCUGCCAACGCCCCACUCACACGUCCGCUCUCACGUGUGCCCUGCUCUGGGCCCUGUCCCUGCUGCUGAGCCUGCUGAAAGGGUACUACUGUAUCCUGUUUUGGAGUGUGCAACAAUUUUGGUGUCCAGUGUUGGAUUUCCUCACUGUGGCAUGGCUGAUUUUGUUAUUUGUGCUUCUCUCUGGGUCCAGCCUGGCUCUGAUGACCAGAUUGUGGUGUGGCUCCCAACGGGUGCCGCCCACCAGGCUCUACAUGACUGUUGUGAUCACGGUACUGGUCUUCCUCUUCUGUGGCCUGCCCUUUGGCAUCCUGUGGUUCCUCAUAUCCUGGGUUCUAUCUAUUUCCUCCUUAUAUCUUCCCAUGACUGUAGCACUCCUGUCCUGCAUCAACAGCUGUGCCAACCCCAUCAUUUACUUCUUCGUUGGCUCCUUCAGGCAGCGAUGGCGGAAGCAGAGACACACUCUGAGGCUGGUUCUCCAGAGGGCUCUGCAGGACACUCCUGAAGUGGAUGAACCUGGAGAAAGCCUUCCUGGAGAAGCCCUGGAAAUGUCGGGGAGCAGUCUGGGGCAGUGAUAAAGAGCCUCUGUCCUGAUCUGUUUGAAGUAACUUUCAGACUCACUGCUGCCCUGCCAGGCUUGGAAAGUUCCUAGUCUUCUCUCAGCCUCAGCCUCAGACUGCUUCAGUGAUUCCCCAGUCUCCUCAAAUAGGUUGUUUUUUUUUAUCUGGUCAUUCAAGUUUUUCUCAGAGAAAGCAUUAGUCCAAACAUUAUACCUCUCCAUUGUCUUUGACAUUAUCAAUAAAUUUCUCAUGUGAUCUGAAUUUCUUUAUUGAAUGCUUUUUCUUUACAAUCUUCAUUGCAGCAAAAAGAAUCCCUGUCUAAAUCAGACAAGUCCAGGCCGUAACUCCUGGUUCUAC